AGAACAAUGCCAACAUCAACUCCCUUCUUUCAAUUGCUAAACGGCCUUGCCAAUCACAACACCCCCUUGCGCCGCUUACGCACGAACUGCCCCUGGCGGCCAACCUCUAGGCAUCUGCAUUUUUCAUGCCGCGGCCCUUCUCUCGUACGUACGCAGCAUUGUCACCCUGCCGUGCGCGUCUCGGGUCUCUAUAUACGUAAGGUCGUAAAGUAACACUGUAACUUCGAAGCGUUGACAGAGAGGAAAGGGAGAAAGAAAAGAAUUGAAAAAGGGUCCUCCAGCCCUCCCCUCGUGUUCUGCUCCCGUAACAAUCUCUUCCUCGUUUUCUUCCUCGUUUUCUUCUGCUUCUUCUCUGCCAUCACCCAGAGCUUUCUUGCCUCAAUGGCAUAUCCUCUCUACCUCGGCGCCCUGCUCUGCCUGGCCGUCAUCUUCACCGUCAAAAGACUCGCAUCCUACCUUUCGGCCUACCGCUUCAAGAAGGCCCAUGGCUGCAAGCCCGUCCGUAGACUCCCGCAAUCCGAGCGGAUCCUGGGAUGGGCCUACUUCAGGAGACAGAUGAAGGCCGUGAAGGAGAAGAGGAUAUUAGAAGAGAUGAGGUCGAUUUAUGACAGCCACGGCCCGACUUUUUCGUCGGUCGUGUUGGGCGGCCACCUCAUCAACACCAUCGAUCCCGAGAACAUCAAAACGAUCCUGGCGUCAAGCUUCGCUGAUUUUGGGCUUGGGGGGAGAUUGAAGGCUUUCGGACCUCUCUUGGGAAAUGGCAUCUUCACGAGUGAUGGUGCUGCGUGGGAGCACUCUAGGGCCAUCGUCCGUCCGAACUUCACCAGGAACCAAGUAGCCGAUCUUGACACGUUUGAGACGCACAUCCAACAUCUCAUCGCCAAGAUCCCGCGAGACGGUUCGACUGUGGAUCUCCAGACCUUGUUCUUCCAGCUGACGCUCGACUCGUCGACCGAGUUCUUGUUCGGCGAGUCGGUCUCGUCACUGCGCAGUACCGAGGGAUCGGAACAAGAGCGCUUUGGUCGAUGUUUUGAUUUUGCUCAAUCAAAACUCGGGAACAGAACCCGUCUGGGAAAGUUUUCUGCCCUGUUCCGUGACACGGAAUUCGACGAAGCAUGCAAGACGGUCCAUAAAUUCGUGGACAAGAUCGUCUACAGAGCUCUGUUAGAGAACCCCCCAUCAUCCACCGACCCGGAGAAGAGUGUCGAUGGAAAGGACGCGUCCCAGAGAUACGUCUUCCUCACGGAAUUGGUGAAGGCCACCCGAGACCCAAAACAGUUACGGGAUGAGCUCCUCAACAUUCUCCUCGCCGGACGAGACACGACCGCCAGUCUCCUAAGCCACACCUUCCACGUCCUGGCCCAACGUCCCGACAUCUUCAAGAAGCUCCGCUUCGAAGUCGACUCCCUCAACGGCGAGCUGCCCACCUACGAAACCCUCAAGUCCAUGAAAUACCUAAAAUACAUCCUCAACGAAUCCCUGCGUCUGUACCCGGUCGUGCCCACCAACGGUCGGUACGCCAACAAAGACACCGUGCUGCCGCGCGGCGGCGGUCCCGACGGCCAGUCCCCCAUCUUCAUCCCCAAGGGCCUCACCGUCGUCUACAGCGUCUACACGAUGCACCGCCGCACCGACAUCUUCGGGCCCGACGCCCUGGACUUCCGGCCCGAGCGCUGGGCCCCCGAGGAGGGCUUGCGGCCCGGCUGGGCCUAUCUGCCGUUCAACGGCGGGCCGCGCAUCUGCGUCGGCCAGCAGUUCGCGCUCGCUGAGGCGAGCUAUGCGAUUGUGCGCCUGCUGCAGGAGUUUGAGCGCGUGGAGGAUCGAGAUGGGGAGGGAUUGGUCCCGCAGUUGGGGUUGACGAUGGCGAGUGCGAAUGGUGUCAAGGUGGCUAUGAUCCCAAGGGCUUGAUUGAAUGGGAUUGUACGGAUUGAGGGGGCUAUCUAUGAUGAAAGAAAAGUAUGUAUGUAUGUAUUUAAUCAAAUCUUCUUAGAAAAGAAAGUUAUAGACCGACCAGGCGGGCAAUGUCACUCAAUUAUUCGUUAUGGGUUUCUCAUUAUUUAGAGGGCUACCUAUCUUAUCUUUUAAUAAAUCAGCAGCAGGAUACAUACCAUGGAUAGAUAGUUCAUUCGAGAUUCGCAU